CAUGAAUUGGUUUUGUACGUUGAUUAUACCAUUCAAGAUUGCUGUAAUAUUCUCUUCUUUCGCUUGUUUUAAUUGCCGAACUCGAUGGCUUUCUGUUGAUUCUAAAACGAAACUGCUAUUCGAUUGGUACGAUAUCAAUAAAACUGAAGCUAUCGUUAGUGAUACUACCAUCAGUGAUAGGGCUAAUUAUCCGUUUCAAAAGAAAAUACUUGGACCAUCAGCUUCUUAUCAAGAAGAUGGUUCUAUAUAUUUCAAUAAUAUGGAUUAUCUUCAGGUUCAAUCCUCCAAUGAGCUAGAACCCCAUGAUGAUUUCACAGUUGAAAUAGUUGUACAAUAUGAUUUUCAAGGUAUACCAUCGAAUCAACCGUGUUGGUGUUUUCACAAAGGAGAUUCCUUGGGGGUGAAACUUACAAAAUUGGGUAAUGGAGAAUUUUUCGUAAACAGAUUUGCUUCUGAUUAUUAUUGUGAAAUUAUUAAGGUUGAUAAACAUGUACUAUCCUGCAGAACAUGCGAUACUGGCUAUGAAUUGAGUGUCAAUCAGUCGAAAUGCCUUAAAUGUCCCGAUAAUUGUUUCAACUGUCGCGAGAAAACUGUAUGGAAUACAGAGUAUGAAGCUACCGAGUGCUUGGAUUGUAAACCCGGCCACUUUUUGGAUAAGAACAUUUGCAAUUCCUGUCCGAGCGGAUGCUUGAAUUGUACUAAUACACCAGCCUGCUUGGAAUGCAAUACUGCAUAUACGUUAAGAAAAGAUACACAAGACUGUUUACCUUGCCCCUUAAAUUGUAAUUUUUGCGAAUGGAAUUCGUUCACAAAACGUACGGAAUGCAAAGAAUGCAAAGAUGCCUACGCAAUUAAUAAUGAUGGAGGGUGCACUUCUUGUGGAAAAUACUGUAUCUCGUGCAUUCAUUCUAAAUAUACGGGGAUAUCGUGUAGUGCCUGCUCAAGUUUAGCCUUUAAAUCGGAAGACAAUGGAAGAGUCGUUUGUCAACUUUGUUCACAGUUUCUUCUUGGAUGUAAACAUUGUUUGAACAAAGACAGAUGCUCAGUUUGCGAAUCGUCAGCCUAUUCUCUUUCCAACACUGGGAGAUGUUUACUAUGUAGCCAAGCCGUUCAUUUUGCAUGCAUUGAAUGUGAUAUUACUAGUGGACACGGUACUUGUAAAAAAUGUCAAACUGAAUUUUACGUAAAAGAAGAUAUAUGCGCCCCGUGUCCACCUAAUUGCGAUUUGUGCGACGAAAUAAAUGGCCGAGUAGAAUGUGUAAAAUGUAAAGCCAAUUAUGGAUCGUCAAACACUAAAAUUUGCGAUCAUUGUCCGAAUAAUUGCUUAAAAUGCGCAGUUUCUGAACAUAAACUGAAGUGUUUGGAGGGACAAUGUAUAGAAGGAUAUACUUUAAAUGAAGCAAAACAAUGUUCGAAAUGCCCUGAUAAUUGUAAACAAUGUACAUAUAAUAAUGUUAGAGGAAAAACUGAGUGCUUAGGAACUAAUUCGAACCAUUUCUGUUUGGAAAAUGCUAAUGGAAAGUCCUGGACUAAACGUGUUGACGGAGAGUGUAUUCCUUGUCCUCAGAAUUGUGAUAAAUGCUACUUUCCCACUGCAAAUUCAGAUUUUCCCGUUUGUUAUCCUUCAAAAUGUCAACGUACUUUUGGAUUUGAUGAUCUCACUGGAUUUUGCUUUCCUUGUCAGAGUGGAUGCGAUUUGUGUAAAAAGACUGGCGUAAGUAGCACAUGCUUGAAAUGUAGUAAAGGAUACGCUCCAGAAUAUAAAAGUGGUACAUCCGAUAUAACUCUUUGUCGUUCUUGUUCAUCUAUAUCUAAUUGUGAUUAUUGUGAAGUAAUUUUGGGAGAAGUAAAAUGUUUAAGAUCGCCUUGUUCUGUUAAAGAAAACUCAUUAAAUAAGAAGUUCUCAUUUACAACUCAAGCUUGUUCGCUGUCAUGUCCAUCUGAUAGUUCGUGCAAUUCCAAGAGUAUCGUAGACGAAGGGGGAAUUUGUUAUUGUAGAUCAUGUCCAAAGGGGUCACAAGUUAUUUUAGAUGGACCUAAUUCUGGGGUUUGUAAAUCGUGUGGAAGCGAUUGCAUCGAAUGUGUCCUUAAUAGUGAGAGAACAGAUGUUGAGUGCGUUACUUGUUCAACCGCAAAACAAUGGCUUACAGUCAAUAUUGCAGGAGUUGAGGUUAAGGGCUGUUACGAUUGUUCGGAUGCAAGACCGUCAUGUGCAAUCCUGGAGUAUGAUGGUACGUCAUGCAAAUGUAAACUAGGUGGCUGUAUUGGUGACGAAUCAACAAACUAUCGAACUGUUUUUCAGAAUUCUCUGGGAAACAGAAAUUGCAAAACAUGCCAAACGCUUGAUCCCAACGCACUAUGGUGUACGGGAACGUAUGAAUCCUUUUCCAUAGCAGGGUGCAAAGGAGGAUACGACCUUCUAACAACCAAAUGUCUACGUAUUUCACCUGGGUGCUCUCGGUGGGAUCCAAAUCAUUCCGGGAUCGACAAAAAUUAUAUGAAAUGUCUUCGUUGCAUUAAUGGCUAUUAUCUAUACAAUGAAAAGUGUUUUAAGUGCUCGGACACUGUUCCACAUUGUCUAUCAUGCAUAUAUCACAACACAUAUAAAGUUAUAUGCACUAAAUGCUCAAUUGGAAAGGGUUAUAAUUGUGGACAUAGUACUUGUACUUCAAGCAACUGUGCAGAACCGUGGGUAUUACAUUCUAAUCCUGACCUUUGUGGCUGUCUAUCUUGCCUUACGAACACUUAUGACGGAACAAAUUUUGCUAACUUUUACUAUUCUUGUGCAGCAGUUUCAUAUUCUCUACCAGACUGCUCUGCAACUAUUUAUAUUUCACCAACACCGUCGACUCUUUGUAGAGACUGUUCCCCGAGUUACAUUCUUUCUGAUAGUAGAUCUACAUGCGUAUCCUCUGUUGGCUGGAAUUGCGAACAGGAGUACCUAUAUGGAAAUCCUCUGCAAUGCCAAGUGCCGGCUAUUAAUCAUUUCAAGGUUUCAGAUUCAACAACACCGCUGCCAGUUCAAACGAUAAUCAACGGAUGUGUUUAUUAUAAAUAUCUACAAACUGACUCACCAUCUCAACCAUCUAAUGGACGAUGUGCUCAAUGUGAAGAUAACAAAAUAAUUGAAUUUACAUCAUCUCUCUAUUAUACGUGUCAAACUUGUUCACUGCAAUCUUCUAUGACGAAUUGUCUCUUAGCAAUAUCCCUUAAUAGUAAAUGUUUAUGUUCGACGUGCCAAACUAAUAUACCAGGGAGUAAUUAUCUGAUGAAACCAGACAUGUCUGGCUGUUUGAAAUGUUUCAUUUCAUUUUGCGCCAAAUAUUCUUUACAACUUGUAUCUGGUCAAUAUUAUUGUCGAUGUACUUUAUGCCUCGAUGAGGCUGUACUGAAUGAUGAUGGAACAAAGUGCGUCGAUUGUUCUUCGACUACUUGUGUUGGUGGAUCUAAAUAUGUAUCAGAUGACAUGUGCAAAUGUAGAUGUAAAUCUGAUGAAAUUCUAUCAAAGGAUGAAAUUACUUGUAUUUCUUGUUCAGAAAUGUCAAUAUCACAAUGUAAGGUGGAUAAGCUUUAUUUGGAUAACAAUAUUUGUAAAUGCUCUGAAUGCUUGGAAGGAUAUACUUUGAGUUUUGAUUCCAAACAAUGCCUAAGUUGUACUACGUCGCCGGGGGCUGGAACAUCGCACUGUCGAAAGUGUCGACAUGAUAAAAAUUUGUUAACACAUACAUCUUUCUGCGUAGAAUGUAAUGAUAAUUAUGGACUUUAUCAUGGUAUUCAGAGUACAGGGACGUGUAUUCAAUGCGGUGUUGGAUGCAAGGCGUGCGAAGUUCAUUUAGGAUCCACAAAUAAACAGUGUAAAGAAUGCUUAGCUGGAUACGCCUUGAACAGUGAAAAGAUAUGUGUCCAGUGUCCUCAGACUCCUAUGGCAUGUAGUGACUGCUAUUUUGAUAGCUCAGAUGAAACAAAGAUCCUUUGUAAACAAUUCAGUUGUAUAGGGAAUUCGGCUUUGAGGGAUAAGGAUUUCAAGUGUGAAAUUUGUCCAAUUUCAAAUUGUUUACUUUGUACAAAAGAUAUUAGCAGCAAAUUUGUUUGCUUAAAAUGUUCUAAAUCGUAUUUUAUUGAUUCUUCUGGACAGUGUGAGAGUUGCGCUUCAGAUUGUGACUUUUGUACUGAAAAAGAUAAAUGUCUGCCGGACGGAUGUAAAGAUGGUUUCAUUAGGAAGAGAUUAGUCGGAACUUGUGUAAAAUGUACUGGAGAAGGAGUAUUGAGAUGUAGCUACGAAAGUACAUUAAGUGAUAAUCUCAUACCGCAAUUAUGUGAAUCUAGCUACUAUCUGAAUAAUGAGGUAACUCCGAAUGCCUGUGAAAAGUGUGCUUCUCAUUGUAAACUCUGUAACAAAAACGGUGCUGGUAAAUGCGAUAUAGAUAAAUGUGAAGAUGGAUAUUUCUAUAGUUCUUUCGAUAAAAAAUGUUACGAAAGGAAUGGAAAUUGUCUUGGAUAUCAAAGGCUUUUUGAUAUGACAAUCUGCUCUUCUUGUAAUUACACUACACAUGUUCUCGUUAGCGGAGUAUGCCGAAUUUGCCCUGUUGGCUGUAAUGGAUGUUCUUUUACUCACAAGUACUCUUGUUCUUCGUGUGUCUUUGGCUAUUAUUUAAACGAGGUAAAAUCAUGUUCCCCCUGUCCUGGUGGUUGUAAAGAAUGCGUUUUGGAAGAGGAAAGAGUAAGAUGUACAUCAUGUUUAAGUAGAUAUGGACUUAAAAACGGCCUAUGCGAGUCGUGCGGAGUGAGAGAAUGCCAAAGUUGCCAAGAGAUAGAGACAGGUGCUGAGCUUGAGUGUACUUCUUGUGCGAGUAAUCAUUUCUUAAGUACAAAUAUUUGCAGUAAAUGUCCAGAAAAUUGCGAAAUUUGUAUACUGGUUAACAAAAAUCUUGUAUGUAGUAAAUGCUAUAAAAACUUUGCCAGAGACACGGAUGGAACAUGUGUUCCUUGCUCAACAAAUUGCAAUUUCUGUACGGUCUUAACUGACAAAACAACUAGAUGCCAAAGUUGCAUUUCCAAUAAAUAUUCGUUACAAAGUAAUGGAAGAUGCAAAUUAUGUUCGGAUGUCACCUUUGAAAACUGCGAAACUUGUAGUGAUGCUGAUCAAGAUGAUAAGACAAAAUGCCGUUCCUGCCGAAGAGGGUAUACACUUAAAAAUGACGGAUCAUCGUGCAUUUACUGCAGUAUUGAUAAAUGUACAGACUGCAUUCAUGGAAAAUUAUGCGAAAAGUGCGAAGACAACACUUUCAAAGCGAAUUACGGAACUCGGUGUGCAAAAAAAUGCUAUUCUUGCGUUGGUAAUAGAGAUACGUGCGGAGGAGAGUUGUCUAAACAUUUCAAUUUCACAGCCAGCAUUAAAGUUGUCAAUUGCACGUUUGGAGAUUGCUGGGUAAUACGAAGAGAGAGAGAAAAUGAAAUCACCUAUAUAAGAAAGUGCGGUAGCGAACGAUGUUCGACAGAUUACAGUAAUGAAAAUUGCAGAACUGUAGAUGGACAGAAGGAAUGCAGUAAAUGUUGCUCAACUUCAAAUUGUAAUAAUUGGUUCUUGGACGGCACAGCCGGAAAAUCGAGAGACUUACCUAUGAUAACAUUAAUUACAUUUUCCAUUAUUUUACACUAUACAUGUGUUAUAGUUAUUAUUGUCAACUGA